GCUCUGGCUGCUGCUAUGUACAGUAUCCCCUUAGAUGGGAGCGAGAGAGCAAGCAAGGCAGGCUGAGACUCAGGCUGUGCAAUCGUGAUUCGUGAAGAGAUGGGCUCAGUUUCAUACGAUUUGAUUUUGGGGCAGUAAAGGCAGUGGUGCCGGCCGCAUAUGUCAGCUCUCCGCUUAUGCGAUGGAGCCGUCAAGUCGCCAUGCGCGAGGAAGCUUGUUGCUGGGAAGGGAAUCCUGGUCCUGGCCUGCCGCCAAAAGAAGCAACCGACCCUCCGCUUUCUGCGAGCUUCUCCUUCCUUCCGCACAAACUCUAGGCAGAUGCAAUGGUCCAUCGAGGCUAUGGCCGAUGACAAUACUGACCAACCAGGCGACAAUAACACUCGCCUGUUUAGUGCGAUUCAGUCGUUUUUGAGCGAUUUAUACGGCAAGCUGAAGAAACUAAGGAAAGGGCUGCCGCUGAAGGUCCUGGUUUUUCUCAUCGGAUUCUAUUGCGCUACGGCAUUUGCUACAGUCAUAGGGCAAACCGGUGACUGGGACAUAUUGUCUGCUGGACUUGCCGUUGCCAUUGUGGAGGGCAUUGGUGCUCUGAUGUACAGGGCUUCGUUUUCAUUUCUUGGUAGGAUAAGGAAGAUGAUUACCAUAUUCAAUUACUGGAAAGCUGGCCUUACACUUGGAUUGUUCCUGGAUUCUUUUAAGUAUGAAGUAGAUGAAUUUCUUGAAUCCUGUAAUCCAUUCAACAUUGAUAUCAAUAUAUUUAGUCUUUGGUGAACAUCUGAAGGUUUUAUUUUUUUUUCUUUGCAUGCCAAUGAUAUUUUAAUGUAUCAA